UGGACACAGUGGUUACUAAAAAAUAGGAAAAUUCGUUUUUAUUCAUAAAUAGAUUCAGUUUUUUUAAUCAAAUUAAAAUGCAUAAAUGUCUUAAACUCGCUGAUACAGUUAUGACAUGUCCUUAUGACGAACGUCAUUUAAUUGUAAAGUCUCGUCUGCAAAAGCACAUUGUGAAAUGUGAAAAAAAUUAAAAUAAACAUUAUAAAGUUAUGUGCCCAUUCAAUGCCACUCAUCGUUUGUUUAAAACAGAACUAGAAGAACAUAUUAUUACAUGUCCUACACGUAGUGUAUUGGAAUCAGAAAUUUAUACAGAACCAAGAAAUCAUGGUGUAACAAAUUUUGUAUCGCAUUCAGAGAUUUCAAGUACAAUAAAUUGUGCAGAAAAUUGGGACUCAGAAAUUGAUUUUAACUCAACAAUCUUGACUGAUGAUUAUUUUUCAUGUAAUAAUGUAGAAACAUCUAAAGUAUCUGAUAAUUUUAGGUAUUUUAAACGUAAUAUUGAUGAAAUUACUGCAAUAAGAGGUCCUCGUGGUUUUUCUGAAGCAAUGUUAAGAGAUCUAGAUGAAGAAUCUUAUGUUGAAGAUGUAGAGUCAAUAGUUAGUUCAAUGGGAAUUGGAAGAGGAAAAGUUACUUGGAACAGUAAUAAUUUAAGACUAAUUGGAUUAGGUAGAGGAUGUCCAAUUAAUACUGAUUUACAUUAAUUUAUGUAUUUACAAAUGUGGUGUGAAUCAGUUGUUGCAAAUAAUGUUUAGUAUA